GUAGAAUUAAAUUUGGAAUUCAGAUAAAAAACAAAGACAGAGGGGACAGAGCAAUCAUAUAAUUUGUAUUUAUGAAAAGUGGGAUUGGUAGGAAGGAAGGAAAACCAAAGCAGGGAGGGAAAGCUUCCCAAUAAUAUAAAGGCUGAGUGUGUGUGUUUAUAGAUCGAUCUCUCUCUCUCUCUCUCUCUCUCUCAGUCUAUUAUCUCUCCGCGCGAAAUCAAAGAUUCAUCAUUAAUGGGUUUGUGGGAAGCUUUUCUCAACUGGCUCCGUAGCCUCUUUUUCAAGCAGGAAAUGGAGCUAUCUUUGAUAGGACUUCAGAAUGCUGGAAAGACCUCUCUUGUAAAUGUUGUUGCAACGGGCGGAUACAGCGAAGACAUGAUUCCUACGGUAGGAUUCAAUAUGAAGAAGGUAACCAAAGGUAAUGUUACGAUAAAGUUGUGGGAUCUUGGAGGUCAACCCAGGUUCCGUAGCAUGUGGGAGCGAUACUGUCGUGCCGUUUCUGCUAUAGUUUAUGUUGUUGAUGCUGCGGAUCCAGAUAACUUGAGCGUCUCAAAAAGUGAACUUCAUGAUUUGCUGAGCAAAAGCUCACUAAGCGGGAUCCCGUUGCUGGUCCUGGGCAACAAGAUUGACAAGCCGGGGGCUCUGAGUAAACAGGCUUUGACUGAUGAAAUGGGACUGAAGUCAAUUACUGAUAGAGAAGUUUGCUGCUUCAUGAUCUCAUGCAAGAACUCAACCAACAUUGACUCAGUUAUCGAUUGGCUUGUAAAGCAUUCCAAAUCAAAAAGCUGAGAGGGUUUUUCUUCUUCUUUUUUUGGUCUGAAAGCUGAGAGGGUUUGCUUCUCUGCUUUUGAUCUGUGUGUGAUAUAAUUAUUUUUAUAAAGGAUUCAUGUAUGGAUUGGUUGUUGGUGGUGGGCUUCAACUUGUCUAACUUGGUUACUGAUUAUUUUUGUUGUUGUACUCUAUAUUUUACUGUAUCAUUUCUAAUUGCAGACUCUGGGGUUGUUUUGGUGCUCUUAGUCUCCCCUCCUCCCCCCAGGCAUCUGCCUUCAUUCACAUAUUGGAAUUCAUGGAAGUUUGAGACUA